AAAAGACCGCUGGUUUGAAUUUAAUAGACAAGUGAUAUGGAGUAUCAGAGCAUGGGAUAUUUGCUGUUAAUUUUUUGCUUGAGUGCUUUGUAUGAGCGAGUUUCACCUGUUGGAAGUUUCCAAGAUUAUUUACAGGAACAAAAUUUGGAAAAAACGGCAGCAUUUGAUUGUGACUUGACCAUCCGCAGUCAAAACGCAUUCAUUCGCUCUCCCGGAUAUCCCGGGAAAUAUCCUCGGUAUACGCGCUGCGAGUACGUGGUGCAGAAAUUCGCCGAGAAUGUGUGCGAUGUGCAGCUGACAUUCGAGUGGUUCGACGUGGCCCGGAUGUACUUCAGCAACUGUUCUGCGGACUUCUUCGAGGUGCAAGACAGAGAAAAUCGCAAAAAGAUAUGCGGAGAAUUGCGAUCAGGAUAUACAAGAGUUGUAUCUUUCCCGGAAAAUUCAGACAGACUAAUCUUCCGCUUCCAGAGCACUUUUCAUCAGAAAAGAGGUUUCUCGAUACAAGUGAUACAAUAUCGAAACUCGUGUAGGAAGAGGAAUAUAAAGCCCCAUUCGAAAAGCGCCCCUCAUGUUUUCCGUGUCGCAGUGACGCCGCCCGCACCCCCUUCCUGCGACAAGGUUAUCGACAGUCGCAUAGGCCGCCUGUCCUUUCAGGAGGGCAAAGGCGCCGAUUCCAAGACCUGCACGUACCGCAUCCGGAAGUCUGAGCCCCGAGCCUGCGUGGUACAACUGGACUUCGCCGCCUUCGACGUGUACCGGAGCCUGGACUGCACGACGGACUAUCUCCUCAUACCCAGUGGUCGCAGACUGUGCGGGACUCUGGGCGGAAGCAGAAAAACUUUUCAGUAUCCAGCUGGACAAAACGAAAUUGUGAUCACUUUUACCUCAACAAAGGGUAAUUUAAAUUCGUUCGACAUACAAGUGGUGCAACUGCCUGGUCCGUGCGACAAUUUUCUCGGACUGAAUGCAACAGGUACUUAUGACCAAAACUUGACUUUGAAUGCAAAUGCAACAGAAAUUCACGAUAACAAAGAUGAGUUAAACACCAUCGAAAAAUUUGAUUCUCAUUUAUUGACCACUUAA